AUGAGUCAAACAUCACUGGACCCGCCAAUCGAUAUCAAAUUCCUGGCAGCAGAAAGUGUUAUUUGCUCAGAUCGAAGUGUCGCAUAUCUUGGGCCCUUCGGAAGAACCACCGGAAGAAUCGUCGUCACCCGUUAUCGCCUUGUUUUCAUUGUCGAUGAUGCCUCCCAAAAAUUCCAUCGAAUUUGGACAAUCGAUGUUCCAUUAGGGCAGAUCAGUAAAGUCGAAAAAUACGGUGGAAAAUCGACAAGUUCAAGGGAGGAUGGUUAUGGUUUUAUUGUGUAUUGCAAAGAUUAUCGCAGCUAUAAAUUCUCUUCUUCUCCCCUAGCAACUGGUAGAAAAACUAUAUGCGAUGCUAUAAAUCGCUACGCAUUUCCCCUAACAAAUUCCCUCCCAAUUUUUGCAUUUAUUCAUGCUGCUGAAUCACCUGCGCCUUUAAAAGAUGGUUGGAAGAUCUAUAAUCCUUUGAAAGAGUUUGAAAGACAAGGGGUUCGCGAAUCGAAACAAUGGGUUAUCCUGGAGACUUUGAAUCAAAAUUACAAGUUUUCGGAUACCUACCCGAAAUUGGUAAGGUUUCCCCCAUUAUUUUGGGUCGGUUUUUCUCAAAUAAAACAGGUUCCAGCUCGUGAUUCCCAACAACUUCUGCUGAUCGUGGCAAUGGAUUUCUGAGCAAAAUCGCAGAGUUUCGAAGUCGCCAAAGAAUUCCGGUUUUGAGUUGGUUGAAUAAGCAAACUGGGGCGAGUAUUACACGAUGUUCGCAACCAAUGACUGGGAUGACUGGGAGAAGAAGCGCGGAGGAUGAAAGGUAACAAAAUAUCUGAAAAUUGAAAUGAGAGCUCAAAAUUUGUUCGAAAAUCUCGAUUUUCAUAGGAAAAUGCAGGUUUACUUGUAGUUUCACAUGAAAGUUUGAAAUUUUCAGUUAAAUUUUGACUGAAACAUGAAUAAUCAUGCAAAAUUUGCCGAAAAUUUGAAAUUUCACUGAAAACUGCGGUUUUCUCAGUGAAAUUUCAGAUUUUCAGCAGAAAUGCGGAAGCUAUGCCCAAAUUUUCGAUUUUUCAGCUUCCGAUAGCUGAAAAUUAACAUGAGAGCUCAAAAUUUAUCCGAAAAUCUCGAUUUCAUAGGAAAAUGCAGGUUUACUUGCAGUUUCACAUGAAAGUUCGAAAUUUUCAGAUAAAUUUUGAAAAUGGCGAUUUAUAAUGUGAAAUUUGCUGAAAAUUUGAAAUUUCACUGAAAACUGUGAUUUUCUCCAGUGAAAUUUCAGAUUUUUGGCAGAGAUGCGGAAGCUAUGCCCAAUUUUUUGAUUCUUCUGCUUCUUAGAGCUCAAAAUUUAUCUGAAAAUCUGAAAUUUUCAUAGGAAAAUGCAGGUUUACUUGCAGUUUCACAUGAAAGUUUGAAAUUUUCAGAUAAAUUUUGACUGAAACAUGAAUAAUCAUGCAAAAUUUGCCGAAAAUUUGAAAUUUCACUGAAAACUGCGGUUUUCUCAGUGAAAUUUCAAAUUUUUGGCAGAGAUGCGGAAGCUAUGCCCAAAUUUCGAAUUUUUUGGGAAAACUUGGUUGGAAAUUUGGGGCUUUUGACAUCUAGAGCUCGUGAAUCUGAAAUUUUCAGUUUAUUUCAAAAAUUUCACUCAAAAUCCUCGUUUUUUCAGCCAUUUGACCAACAUAAUGCUAGCAAAUGCAAAUUGUCACCAAUUAUUGAUUUUUGAUGCGAGACCAAUUGUAAAAUGCAAAAGUGAAUCGAGCAAAAGGUGGAGGAUAUGAGGAAAAUUAUGAGAAUGCUUCGUUGAUUUUCCUGGAUAUUCAUAAUAUUCAUGUGAUUCGAGAAUCGCUCAAAAAACUUGUUUUGGCUCUGAUUCCGAGGGUUGAUGAGAAGAGUUAUUAUAAAACGUUGGAUGAAUCGAAAUGGUUGAAUCAUAUUCAGGUUUUUGAUUUUUGGGCGAUUUCUAGAUUUUCAGACGGAUUUUCUUUUGAAAAAGUUUGGUUGAAUCGAUAGAAUAUCGAUUUUUACAUCGUUCCAAUACAAUUUCGUUCUGAGAUAUUCAGAAUUAUCGAUUUUUCUCGAGCUUCGUACGAUAUUUCGUACCAAAAUUAGGAUGAAUCGAUAGAAUAUCGAUUUUUACAUCGUUUCAUACAAAAUUCCUUCUCGGAUUCACAAAAUUAUCGAUUUUUCUCGAGCCGCGGACGAUUUUUCGUACCAAAAUUAGGUUCAAACGAUAGGAAAUCGUAUUUUACAUCGUUUCACAUCAAAUUUAUUUCGGGGGCUAACAAAUUCACAAAUUUUCCUGGAGUUUCUAACGAAAUUCCGUGCAAUUUUCCCCCAAUAAUUCAUUAUUUCAGGCAAUCCUCGAAGGAAGUGUAAAAAUAGUGCACAACGUGGAAAAUAGCAAACAAUCAGUUUUGGUGCAUUGUUCAGAUGGUUGGGAUCGAACUGCACAAUUGACAUCGUUGUCAAUGUUACAAAUUGAUGAAUAUUAUAGAACUCUAGAGGGUUUUAUUGGUGAGUUCUACUAGAAAAUAUUAUAAAUUUAAUUAUUUUAAAAAUACGUUUUUAGUGCUCAUCGAAAAAGAAUGGUGCAGUUUUGGCCACAAAUUCGGACAACGAAUUGGACAUGGCGAAGAUCGGCCAACUGACAGCGAGCGAGCUCCGAUUUUUGUGCAAUUCUUCGAUUGCCUUUGGCAAAUUAUGCAGCAAAAUGCGACGCGUUUCGAGUUCACCGAACAAUUGCUCAUAGUAAUUAUUGAUGAGAUGUAUGCUUGUAAAUAUGGAACAUUUUUGUAUAAUACGGAAAAGAUUCGGCAUGCUGAUAAUGUGGGUUUUUAGGGAUGAUUUGCGAACGAAAAAAUGUUAAAAAUCAAUUCACGAAAAGUCAAAAAAUGUCGAAAAAACAUUAGUUUUUUGAGUUUUUCAACCAAAAAUGAUAUUUUUCAAGCUUCUGCAGUAAUUUCUGAUGAAAAUAAGCUUCGAGAACCCUAUUUUGCUUUAUUUUAUGAAUUUUUUCGAAAUUCAUCAAAAUUAAAAAAAAAAUUUAUUUUACGAAAAAUCAGCAAAUACUUUUUUUUUUUCAAUUUUCAAUUGACCUUGGAAUUCACUUUCCAGAAGGUUUUUGCUGAUUUUUCGUAAAAUUAAAAUAAUUUAAAUUUUGAUGAAUUUCGAAAAAUUCAUAAAAUAAAGCAAAAUAGGGUUCUCAAAGCUUAUUUACAUCAGAAAUUACUCCAGAAGCUUGAAAAAUAUUGAUUUUUCAUCAUUUUUGGCUGAAAAACUCGAAAAACUAAUGUUUUUUCGACAUUUUUUUGACUUUUCGUGAAUUAAAAACAUUUUUUUCGUUCGUGAAUCAGCCUUUUUAAGAACUUGGUCUUGAAUUUAGCCUAAAUUUCCAGAAAUGCGCCGAAAAAACGUUUUCACUUUGGAGUUAUGUUAUGGAGAAUAAGAAACGUUUUCUGAACCCGUUAUAUGAUAAAUGUGAGUUUUUUGGGAGUUAGACUAACUUUUCCUGCAAACCCCUAAAUUUCCAGACUCGAGUAGCGGACCACUUCAAGUAAACCCGUCAUUUUGUCGAUUGCAAGUUUGGACGAAUUAUUAUGCGAGAUCAAAUCCUCACGUUGUAACACCAAAAGAUGAGGGAAUUCAACAAAUAAAUAAUCGCCAAUCUGUCUGCAAAUCGCAAUUUUUGGAAGAAAUCCAACAAUUUGACGAGUUUUCCAAGAAUUUGGCCGCAUAA